AGCAGCCCACUGACUGGUGGAGAGGAGGCAGAGUCAAUCCUCUCUCUCUCUAUCUCUUUCUUUCUCCUUGUCUCUUUCUCUCUCUCUCUCUCUUUCUCUCUCUCUUUCUCUUUCUCUCUCUCUCGCUCUCUCUCUUUCAUCUCUCCUUCCUUUCGCUCUUAUCCUCCCCUCACUCUCUCUUCUCCAGACCCACUGUCUCAGUUUCAUCUUGUGGAUAUACUGUCUAAGGACGGAGGAGAGGAGAAAAGGAUUGGAGAGAAAGUAUCUGCUGAAUGGGCAUGGAAGACCAAGAGACUGAGCUGCCGAUGGACCCAGAAAUCUGCUUCGAUCCGCUGUUCAUCGACGAGGAAGAUAAGUAUGGGGACGAUGUUGUUGAAGAGGAGACAGGCGCUUCAUUCCAGCCUCUACUGGGAGUUACCAGAACAGACACAGUCCUGACGGGCUCAGCUCACAGUCAGUCCUCCCUAUCGGAUACCUGCAGAGAGACACACCUGGAUGAGACACGAGCCCAGUUCAAGGACAUUGACACCAUGUUUAGAAGUCGUGUCGGAGAAACAACAGACUCGUUUGGGUCUCACCUGUCGACGACAGCCCAAAUUAACACACACCUUAGAGGGGUAGGACAGAUCCAGCCACACCUUAGUGGGGUAGGACAGAUCCAGCCACACCUUAGUGGGGUAGGACAGAUCCAGCCACACCUUAGUGGGUUAGGACAGAACCAGCCACACCUUAGUGGGUUAGGACAGAACCAGCCACACCUUAGUGGGUUAGGACAGAACCAGCCACACCUUAGUGGGGUAGGACAGAACCAGCCACACCUUAGUGGGGUAGGACAGAUCCAGCCACACCUUAGUGGGUUAGGACAGAACCAGCCACACCUUAGUGGGUUAGGACAGAACCAGCCACACCUUAGUGGGGUAGGACAGAACCAGCCACACCUUAGUGGGUUAGGACAGAACCAGCCACACCUUAGUGGGGUAGGACAGAACCAGCCACACCUUAGUGGGGUAGGACAGAUCCAGCCACACCUUAGUGGGUUAGGACAGAACCAGCCACACCUUAGUGGGUUAGGACAGAACCAGCCACACCUUAGUGGGGUAGGACAGAACCAGCCACACCUUAGUGGGGUAGGACAGAUCCAGCCACACCUUAGUGGGGUAGGACAGAACCAGCCACACCUUAGUGGGGUAGGACAGAUCCAGCCACACCUUAGUGGGGUAAGACAGAUCCAGCCACACCUUAGUGGGUUAGGACAGAUCCAGCCACACCUUAGUGGGUUAGGACAAAUUCAACCACACCUGAGGGAGAUGGAUGAACUAUUGAAGAGUUGUGAGGACAUGACAGGUGUCUCCAUCGCCUCCAGCCUGUCCACCAUGUACACAGACACACACCUGUCUGGACCAGCUCAGAACCAGAACCAGUCAGACAUACAGAAGAUGGUUGCUAUGAUGGGGAGCUGUGGUGGUAAUGAGUGUCACACAGGUGGAUCCAUCCUGAACUACACAGACACACACGUGGAGGAGUCUAGGAACCAUUGCCAAAGUCACCUGAAGGAGGUGGAAUCCAUUUUGGAUCAGAGUGGAGCCACAGGAGCCGCUGUCCAGCCUCAGUUGCCUCCUCUUACCGCCGCAGGCACUCAGCUGAGUGGCACUAUGGCUGAGUAUCAGACCGAGCUAAUGGCGAUGCUGGCCAUGUUAGAGAACUGUAUGGAGGAGGCAGGGAUUACCUUUGACCCUUUAGAGUGGACUUACCCUAGUUUACCCAAAGGAUACGGCCAACCCAACCCCAACAUGAAAAAGGUAACACAAGACAGACACAUGGAGAGAGGAGUAGCAACACAAGGACACAAGGAGUCUGUGGGAUGUGUGGAUAAGAAGCCAUAUUUGGGAAGUACCUUUGGCCAAUUUGAGCCCCCAAGCUACCAAGCUAUCUCCACAGAAAGACACUCGGAUGAGUUAGGAGACUGUGGAGAUACAUACACGAGAGGGUCCAUGUCCACGGUGGUGUGUGACGAGGACACAGAAGGACAUGUCUCCGGUGUUUCUGUGGGGGACACAGAGGCUCACGUUAUCUGGGGUCAACAACUAGAGACAGGGCUGGGAGGGGUGGAGAUGAGGGGAUCCGUGCAGGAGUUGGAGGUGCUGGGUACUGUGCUAGAGGGGUGCAUCGAGGAGGUGGAGAAACUGGAGAAGAGACGGAAUGAACUGAUGGGAGAGCUGCAGGCACUAAGAGAGGAGAAGACGGGGACAGAGGAAGGGAGUGAAGGAGGGCAGGCGGCACAGUUAAGCCAGGUGCUGAAUAUUGAGGCAGACGGGAGGAGGGAGGCGCGGAUGAGGGAGUGGCAGUCUUUGAGGGCUGAGAGGAGUGAGGAGCAGAGGAGGCUGUCCAGUGUGCGUCUGGAGAGGCAGGGUCUUCAGGAGGAGAUGAGGAGGCUGAAGAGGAGGCUGUUCUCUGUCGCCAGGGAGUGUGCUCACAACCAGGUCACCCUGGCAACCCAGCAGCGUGACGUUGCCCAGCUAAACAAAGAACAGCUGGAACUUGACGCACUGAUCAUCAAGCUGACUGAGGAGGUGUCUCAGCUCCGCUCCACCCACCAGUCCCAGCUCUCCACUCUGCAGUCCCAGCUCUCCACUCUGCAGUCCCAGCUCCAGACCCACAGCCAGACACCCAACCCCAUAGAGGAGAUGACCCAGAGCAGGAGGAACUCCUGUGGGGAGUUACAGCAGUACCUGCAGGGGGGGCUCAAAGCCCUGGAGGAAAGGUAUGAGCCAAUGCUGCUGGCCCUGUUGAAGCGGAGGGAGGGGACGUCAGAGGCCCUGGUGAAGGCCAGGCAGCAGGCCCAGGAGCUGAGGGCCCGCCGGGGGCCCCUGAGGGAGGAGGGACAGAGGCUGGGGCUGCAGAGAGCCUGCCUGGAGGAGAGACUCAAACUGACGAAGACACACAGGAGAGAGGACGUGGAGCAGUAUAGGGAGACAGUGGUCAGGCUGGAGGAGACUAGCAGAGAGCAGAAGAUGGAGCUACAAAUUCAGAAGAGGAAAACCAAGGAGAUGGAGCAACUGAGAGACAGUCUUACGAAAGAAGUCUACCUGUACAGAGGCAUCGUGGAGGACCAUAACAAGAAUGAUCUAACCAGUGUGAGGGAGGAAACAUGACCACUGGGACUAAUAGAAGUCAAACAUAAUAUGACUGUACAUAUCAUUAAGAACAACUUCCUAUUAUUGCUUUGCAGUUCUUGACACAAACCAGUGCCUGGCACCUACUACCACUGUUCAAAGGCAGUUGUCACAUGUCGUCUUGUCCAUUCACCCUCUAGAUGACACACAUUCACAAUCCAUGUCUCAAUUGUCUCAAGGCUUAAAAACCUUCUUUAACCUGUCUCCUCCCCUUCAUCUACACUGAUUGAAGUAGAUUUAACAAGUGACAUCAAUAAGGGAACAUAUCUUUCACCUGGAUUCACCUGGUCAGUUUAUGUCUUGGAAAGAGCAGGUGUUCAUAAUGUUUUGUCCACUCAGUGUAAGUCAGUUUUAGGUAACGAGACGGACUGCCCUUUGUCUGUACACAGUCACUUCUAAUAUAAUUAUAAUAAUAUAUAAUAAUAAUAUAACCUUCUUUACAAAUAGACUUUCAGAUGCAUGUGAGAGUAUUAUCUGAAACGAUAAGAGAUAAGAGAGAGACAUUGAAAAUGUAAUAUAUUAUUUUUUAAACAAGGAAAAAAGAAAGAUGGCUGUUUCGUACACUGGCAGCUGAAACCUGAGUUACCAAUCAGGUUUGGAAAGCGGUCUCUUUAAACACCAAAAUCUCAACAACAUCAUUAUCAUUCUAUAUUUAGACUUGGUUAAACAUCUGUAGAGCGGAAGGUUCUGGAACAGUCUGAAGAUAGAUGUGAUUUUUGUAUUCUUUAUAGAGAGCAUUGCGGUCAUGAAUAAUAAUAAAAAAAGAGGGUGUUGUGUUCUUUUAAACUGUAAACUA